AUGAAAGCGACGAUUAUUUUUCUUUCAUCUUGCCAUGGCUUAUCGUUCAUAAAGACCGAAUCGAGCCCCCUCCCUCCUUUCCCUUCCACCUAAAUCCCCGAAACACCAUAAUAGAACCACCAACGCGCCGCCAAACCUACCCGUUGACAGACAAUGCUCGACCGCCUCUCGCGCUUCUAUCGCCUGAACACAGGGUACGAAAAGACCCUCCGUCUAAUCCAGGCAAUAUGCCUGAUCGCGCUGGAGCUAGGCUCUCUCGACAGCGCAACGACUAAACGGGUGCAGUCCGCCAAAACCCAACUAGCAUUGACCCGCCGCUGCAUCCGCUUCUGGAACUUCCUCGACUGCUUCAACCGCGUCUCCGCUCUUCUGGGUGCCCCUAGUAGUAGCACGAGCAAAAGCAAGAAACCUACCGCCUCCGCGGUAAGCCCAACGGGGGUCCUAUGGAUGCUCGACCUCGCCAAAUGGAGCUGUUUCGGAUUGUAUUACCUGCUGGAGGAUUUGACGCUCCUCGACGCAGCAAAUAUCUACCCGGUCCCCUGGGCUAAGAGCGCCACCAGUGAGGCGUACAGAUUCUGGUUCUGUGCGCUGGUAAUCUCGAUUCUUGGGGCUGUGUGGGAGGGGAUGAAUGCUGGGGCUGUCAAGGGGGCGAGGAAGGGGAAGAAGGGCGGGACUCUUGCUAAUGCCCGGAAGGUUGAUAUGUCGGCUUUGGUGAAGAGGGUGGUUGUUGAUGGGUGCGAUCUGUUGAUUCCUGGGUCGUACUUGGGGUGGAUUGGGGUUGGGCAGGUGGGCGUUGGGGGGACGAUGGUUGUUAGUACCCUUCUUUCUUUGAGGGAGAUUUGGAGGAGUGUUUAG